AUGACGAAAACUUUGGCAGAUAUGGAGGAAAGAAUUCAGGACAUAGAAAAGAACAUGGCAAGGAAUACAACUAUCGAAAAGCAUGCUGCAGAUUUCAAAACAGACAUGGAAGGAAAACUCGAAGCAGUUAACGUUGAAGUCGCUGGAUUGAAAACUGCUUUGGUUAAGGCUUUUGAUGAGAUGAAGGGAGUUCUUAUCACGAUGGAGACAGGAAGAACAAGAGGUGUAGUCAAUAGACCAAGUGGUGAUAGAGAAAAUAAUUAUAAUAUAAUUGUUGCCGGAGGAACUAAUUCUGUGGAGAUGUUUAACUGGCGCCAAAGAACAUGGUCGCCAUUACAAUCCCUGAAAAAGUAUCGUUACGGAGCGACUUCGUUCAUUUAUAACGAUCAUAUGACCAUAGCUGGGGGCACCUGUGGUGGGUCCGAUGAUGAUAUGAUAAGAAUGAAUGUUGGUCCAAACCCUGAUCCAUUAACACACUGGAAUGCCUGUGCUGGUAAGCUACCAGCUAAAUUGAGAUUUCAUAGUAGUGUCCUGUACAAUGAUCAGCUCAUCGUAACUGGAGGUUACGGUUGUGGUAAUAGGAAUGUCACAUCAGACUUGAUCAGUGAAGUUCAGCUUGUUCCUCCCUAUGCUGUGAAAACCUUAUCAAAAAUGCCAGAGAAAAGGCAAAAUCAUUCUAUGGAAAUAUUUGAUGAUAAUGUGUUGAUAGUUGGUGGACGAACAAGUGGAGCUUUUCGAGACAACCUCGGCAGCGUUUUAAUGUAUGAUUUGAAGAAGAAUGAGUUGAAACAGUUGUCACCACUGCCUUAUGAAGUGAGCAACAUGGCAACUGUAAGAUGGGGCGAUAACAUUGUUGUUAUUGGUGGUGAUGACACACAUGACAGGACAUUGGAUAAGGUUAUCAUUUACAAUGUCCUGACAGAGCAGAGUCACAUGCUGCCACCAAUGAGCUGUAAGAGGAGAGGAUGCACUGCAGUUGUUGUCGCAAACAACAUUGUUGUCCUUGGAGGAAGUGGUGAUCAAGGACGACUCAAGUCAGUUGAAUGUUUCAACUUUGAAAGGUAUACUUGGGAGGAGCUUCCAGAAAUGUCUAAAGCAAGAUUCUGGCACACCGCUGUUGUUGUCUGA